ACUUCUGAGAGUUGAACGCGUUCCCCCCUCUCCAACAACCAAACCGAUUGAGAAACGGAUGUCGGAAAUCCCAUCUGACCUGGACCCAUCGCUAUUCUUCUCCGACUAUCUUCCUUCCGAUCACAUUGAAGAACCUUCCGCUGCGCCCCCAACCCCACCAAUAGAAUCAUAUUCGGACGACUUCGAAGCUUUAGAUCUAGUCAGGGAGGAGCGGUGCUCGCGUUUGACAGAGGAAGGGGUGGUUAUUCAACAUCGCCGGAGGGAUACAGUACCUGUUUUUAGAAGCAGCUCUCUACCUCCAGGUAUUUCCUUGCUAGUCAAGUUUCUAUCGGCUGCAGUAGGUUUCUGUGCUAACCCGGGCAGCGACCCCCACACGAAAAGGUGUACAUAGGCCCUCUCGGUUUUGGUACGAAGGUUUUGCUCAGGCAGAAUCUACUCUUUCGGAUACCAUCUCCUCACCAAGUCGGCGUAGGGUUCGUGGGCCAAUCGAAGAAUCAAUGACUCCUUAUCCUCGGUCUUCACCUCCGCUCGAGUCCACAAGUCCUCCAACUACGAAGAAAUCCAAACCCACACUAACCGAAGACAAUAGCUACAACGAAGAAUUUGCUUAUCCCGACUCUGAUGAAGAAGAGGCAUUGGAGGGACUAGGGAGCGCAUUGAGCUCGGGUGACAAUGAUUCUCAGAAUCUUCCUCCCACACUUCUCGAACAGCCGGCCACAGGGCCAAAAUCACCUCCUCCAAAGCCUGUAUUCAAUUUGCGCUUAUCUAGUGGCAUUUUCAGCAGAAAAUUUUCAGCUUCGGAAAACCCCGAAUACCAUCUAAAUGCGGCAGAGAAGGAUGCAGAGAAGAACAAGAUGACUUCUGAAGAGGUUGCAUCGAUUCUUGGAGUUCAACCUUUUCGACCGGAUGUUACCCCUCCGCCGCAACUUCCUUCACCCGAUGCAAAUAAAAGUAACUCCUUUGAGCCUUCCGCACAGACCAACUUUGCUUUACCUAUCCCCACGCCUUCAACCGUCCACAGUACAACGCAGUCUCAUACUUAUAUUCCCAUUCUCACUACAGACGGUGAGACAAUCCAAGUAAAGCAGAGACCAAAGAAGAGUUUCAGCGCGCGGGAUGAUUACCAUAUGUCUGAUGUUCCCAUCUUGGGUGAUAAGCCGUUGGAGCAGUCUGGUUCAUCUAAAAAUAUAUAUUUUGGCGUUGAUAUUCACACCUUACUCGAUGAAUACAAAAUAGAAAAAAAUAUUAUGAAAAAAACUCGUCACGAAGCGGAGCAUAAACCAUCCACAAACGCAAUGGCAGAAGGCCCAAAUAUCGCUUACCAGAAAACUCUUUUAUGGACGGAGAAAUAUCGAGCGAAACGCUUUACUGAUUUAGUGGGUGAUGAGCGUACGCAUCGACAAGUCCUUCGCUGGUUCAAGUCCUGGGAUAAAAUUGUGUUUCCAUCCGUGACAAACAGACCUGUGAAGAAUAAGGACGAAAACGAAAGUCGAGAGUUGAGAAAAAUUUUACUUAUCCAUGGGCCACCAGGACUUGGGAAAACGACUUUAGCCCAUGUCGCAGCUAGGCAAGCAGGCUACGACGUUGUCGAAGUCAACGCUUCAGAUGAGCGAAGUGCUGGUGUUGUGAAAGGGAGGAUUAAGGAUAUUUUGAGUAACGAGGGUGUCAAAGCUAUGGGCGCGAUAACAAGUGGAGCUAAGCAAAAAUUAUCUAGGGUCACAAUGGGGAAACCAGUUUGUCUGGUCGUCGACGAGAUCGAUGGUGUGGCCGGCGGUGGAGGUGCAGGUGCCAAUGAGGGGGGGUUUAUCAAAGCCUUGAUAGACCUCGUUCUUACAGACCAAAAGUUGGAUAACAUCGCCGAAGGGGUGACAAAGAAGAAAGGCCGCAGAAAUGGUGAUAGUUUCAAGCUCCAGAGACCUAUCGUGGCUGUCUGCAACGACCUCUACGCCCCUGCGCUCAAGGCUCUGAGGUCUCUGGCUGAAAUAGUACACAUGCGAAAACCGCCAGUUGGGCCGAUAGUCGGAAGGCUAAAAUCGAUUCUUGAACAUGAAGGUUUUAGAACUGAGGACGGCGCUGUUCGCCGGCUGGUAGAGCUUUCAUGUAUGGGUGGCAACUCUACAGGCAAGGCUGCGGGAGAUAUGCGAGCAGCUGUGGUUGGGUGCGAGUGGAUAGCUUGUAGGCUGAGAUCAGCGGCAACAAAAUGUGGUGAUGACUCCAAAUCUCGGAGGGAAAUGAGGAUUCUGACCCGGAAGAUUGUUGAGGAGGAGUUUGGAGACGGGGGCUUGGGCGAGGGAGAUGGGAAAAGUGGAGGAGGCGGAAGAGGCAAUAUCAGAGAAGCCGUUGAGAGAGUCUUCUACAAUGACCCAGCGACAAAAAGAGCCGGCUUUACAGACACACGGGUGAAGAGGACGAGCGGGGAAAAGCUACGAGAGCUCGUCGAGGGGCUAGGAGAGUUUGACAAAAUCAUGAUGGACUGUUUCACUACAUAUCCUACGCGUCCAUACAAUGAUGAUUCCUUGUUAACCAAACCAAAUGCAGCGUCGGAGUGGUUAUAUUUCUCUGACCUUAUUUCAUCUCGCGUUUUUCAAGAGCAGGAGUAUGAGCUCACAGGGUACCUCUCACAGCCUAUCCUUGCCUUCCAUAACCUUUUCUGCAGCCCCAAGCGACAGAAAUCGACCACCGGCAGGUACGGCAGCCAGUUUGAGGAAGAAGUCGAUCCACCGCCCUUCUCAGGGUUUGCAGCAGAAUGGGAAGUUAGAGAAGGGAUUAAGGAGAAUAAGGCCCUGAUACAAAGUGUUCAUUCAUGUCUUGGAGGAAUCCGCCUUCAUCAAUGUUUCAAGAGCUCUGGAAGCAUUGCUAUGGAGCUGGCACCCUGGGUUGCCCGGAUACUCUCGCCCUCCGUUAAACCCGUAGUUGUCGGCGGCUCAGGGUCUACCGGAGGAAUAGCGAGUGUACGGAAGGAAAGCGAGAAAAAGCUGGUGAGCAGAGGGGUAGAAGUAAUGUGUGGCAUGGGAAUCGAGUUCGAGAAGGUUAGAGUGGAGGGCAUGACCACCCUUGGCUCAGGUUGGAUAUACAGGAUGGAACCGUAUGUAAACCGUAAACUGCUAAUACUUCAAUUUAACUGACACUGUUUUCACAGGCCAAUCGACACUCUAUCUGUAUAUCCCACCCUCGCAAUCUCUACAGAAUCAGCUCCAGCCCCUGUGAGAUACGCAGUCCGCCAAGUUCUUGAUCAAGAGCACAAGAAAGAACUCCUCCGCCGCCGCGAGCUUGCCCGCCAGUCACGCAUGGGUGUGUCCAACGAUAUCCCUCAACUCAAAAAACCUACCGCCACGCCUAAUACUCCGAACUUGAAAAGGAAGGUCAGAGAAAUCAAGAAAGACUUCUUCGGGCGUAUUGUCACACGGGCGGAUGAGGAAGAUACAGAGGAGGGGAGAAAGAAAAGGCGCAAAGAUGAGAAGGACGAGAAGGCGGAGGAGCAGAAGGUCUGGGUGAGCUUUCACGAAGGGUUCUCAAACGCUGUUAGGAAGGGAAUCACGUUAGACGAGUUGAUGAAUGGUCUGAUGUAAUUGCCAAAGGGUUGAUUGGAUUAUGACUAGUUUGAGAUGUAUGAUAAUGAGGUUAGCAUGUGUACAGUUUAGACCUCAUAUUGCACCAUUUCUUCACCCAG